UCCAUUGAAGAACAGAACAUACUGGCUUUCUUCUCUAUUUUAUCUUUUUGCUUAGACUUUCUUACUUAAAAAUUAUAAGAUUAAACAUUUGAUUCUUCUGAAUGUACACCUACUUGCCUACGACUAUAUAAAUAUAUAUAAAAUCAUCAUCUUAUCUAUUGUUGGAUUUAUCAGUGUUUUUGGUUUGCAUACAUCUCUGUCUCUUUUUUCUGUUUCUUGGACUUGUGAGAAAAGUUAUUUUGUUCAGUGUAACGUAAAACAUUGACAUAAGACUGCUCAGUAACUCAGUGUGAUACGAAUUGAGUUUUGGUUUUCCUAAUGGACUAUUUAAGUACUGUCAUUUCCCGCUAGUUUCCAUUGAUGAGGUGAUGGGUGUUCUAAUAACCUUUCAUUGUCAUGGUGGUGACCUAUUUGAAGGCUGUUGAAGUAACCGGUGAAGUGAAUUCAUGGGCUGAAAAGGAGACAAAUGGCCUUAUCAAACAGCUUCUACCUACUGGAUUUGUUGACCACACAACGAGGCUCAUUUUUGCAAAUGCCUUGUAUUUCAAAGGAACUUGGGGUAAAACGUUUGAUCCAUCGGAAACAGAAGACCAUGACUUUCACCUUCUGAAUGGGAGUUCAGUUUGCGUUCCUUUCAUGACCAGUAUGGAGAAGCAACUUAUCGGUGCCUACGAUGGUUUCAAAGUUCUAGGGCUUCCUUAUAAACAAGGUGGGGACAAGCGCCACUACUCAAUGUACUUAUUUCUCCCAGAUGCAAAAGAUGGUUUGCAAGCUCUGGUAGAGAAGUUAGGAUCUGGUUCUGGGUUCAUUGAUAAUCACAUUCCCCACCAAAAAGUUGAAGUAGGUGACUUUAGGAUUCCAAAGUUUAAGAUCUCUUUUGGCUUUGAAGCUUCUAAAACUCUGAAGGAAUUAGGACUGGUGUUACCCUUUUCAGAAGGAGGUUUGACAGAGAUGGUGGACUCCCCAGUGGGGCGGCACCUAUAUGUUUCGAGAAUUUUCCAUAAGUCACUCAUUGAAGUCAAUGAAGAAGGAACAGAAGCUGCAGCUGCUUCUGCCGGCGUGAUACGUGUCGGCAGCUGUCCUCGAAUUGUUGAUAAUAUAGACUUUGUAGCUGACCACCCGUUCCUAUUCCUGAUCAGGGAGGACUCGACUGGCAUGGUUCUGUUCAUCGGGCACAUUCUGAAUCCAUUGCAGGCUGACUGAAUCUGUUAUGGUGAUGCUAAUGGUUGAGUUAAUAAAAUCUAACAAACAUACAUCUAUAGAAAGUGGGAAUUUUCUGUACUUUGGUAAAUAUUCAAAGCCUGGACAAUCCUAUUCUAGGAUAUUGUGUCUAAAUAAUCGUUUGUUGUUAUCCUCAUGAAGUUCCCUUAUCCUUUUUGUUCUGGUUCUUGGAUGAAGCUGAUAUUGGUAUUAGACAGGGAUAUAGGAUAUAAAUGGGGUGAUUAUAGCUAUGUAUCUAAUAUGUGGAUGUGAAUGGUGCUCGUUGUGGAAAUUUUCAUUUGCUGCUUCUAUUAGACUGGGAUGCGAAUGAAUUUUGAAGUUGUGUGUUUGAUUA